GAGCAUUGAGGAGGAAAGCAGUAGCUCUUUGCAUGCUGUUCCACUAAAGCUCCAAAUAUGCCAACUUGCAGCAUCAGUUGUUCCAAAAUUUCAGCUUCUCAUUGAUUUUGUGCAUCUGUGUGCAGUUGUCCCAGAGGAAUGCUGGAAUUGGUUCUUGCAGGAUCAGGGAGAGGGAAGGGUGAGGAGGUCUUAUUAUCUCCUGCUGUGUUUCAUAGCCUGUGUGAUCUGAGCCUCUGGAUGAGCUUUGCACAGAGAGGGGAAGGAGAGGGGAAGGAGGGGAAGGAGAGGAAGGAGGGGGGAGCUGCCCGGAAAGACGAGUUGGAAGAGAUCUGCUGCCUGAGCCUGGUACGCCUGCAGACACAAUCAAGGUACCGUGGGAUUCUGGACUGUGUCAUUCAAACAUACAGGAAUGAAACGAUUUUUGGAUUUUUUAAAGGUAUGAGUUUUCCAGUAGGAAGUGUGGCAAUUAGUAACUCAUUAGCAUUUGGAUCGUAUAGUAAUGCUUUGCUGUACCUAAGCGAUCAAGAGAUUAAAAACUGGAAGAAUCCACCGCAUAAUUGCCAUGUUUUUAUGGCCGGAUGCUUUUCAGGAAUUGUACAACUUUCUUUUUCGGCUCCAGUUGACCUUGUAAAAGUUAGGCUUCAGAACCAGACGGAAUCUUUUGGGAACCAAGCAAGGCCUGGCCAUUUACAAGCUCGAUACCAAGGUCCUGUUCACUGUGCUGUGUGUAUCUUUCGAGAGGAGGGAAUUUUCGGCCUCUACAGAGGAUGUUUAGCACUGGCAUUAAGAGAUAUUCCUUCUAUGGGUCUUUAUUUCUUAACCUAUGAAGUUCUUUGCAAAUGGAUGACUAAAAGUUUAGACGAACCAAGUGCAUGGACAAUGCUCUUUGCUGGAGGCUGUGCAGGGACAGUUGGGUGGGCUUUUGCUAAUCCAAUGGAUGUUAUAAAGGCUCGUCUCCAGAUGGAUGGAAUGCAUGGGGUGCAGUAUCUAGGAAUGUUGGACUGUAUCAGGAAAAGUAUCCGGCAGGAAGGGGUGAAAGUGUUCUUGAAAGGUCUUACUAUCAACAGUCUCCGAGCUUUUCCUGUUAAUGCAGUUACUUUUCUAAGCUAUGAGAUGCUUUUAAAGGCCUUUAGGUGACAUGUAUUCUGGCAAGGACUAAUAACAAACUGACAAAUGCAUUUUGAACUUUGGAAAAAACUUUUGGCAUCUUGAGCUUUCUGAAGACAAAAACAGAAAAAACAUUAACUAGCAAGAUACAACACAUUGUAGAAAUUCAUUUGUAUGACUGAAAUCAUGAACUGCCAUUUAAAAUAUAUAUUCUUACCUUUAAUAAAAAUAAAGUAUGUUGUAAUGCCCUGUGUUUAUUGGAAGAUAGCAGUAGUAAUUAAGUAAUUACAUAGCAUUUGUCUUUGUCAAGGAGGAAGAACAUAGCAUAGAAUGGUAUUGGUAGAAGUGUUGAGCGUAAUUUAAAGAAGAGUGGAAAUUAGUUCCACCUCAUUUACUUCACUAAUGCACCAUAUGAUGAUUCUUUUUUUGUAUCUUCUCACAUUCUUCCUUCCACAGCCUUUCAGAUU